CUUUCCUGAUGGACGGAACCGAGAGAACACAGUUCUGGAGGAGACACGGGUGAGAGCGGCAUGCGUCCGGUCGGCGACGAAGACGAAAGAUGCUGCGUCGCGUUUGAAGAAGGGAAAAUAAACAAAACAAAAAUGAACGCCGGAUUUUAUGCGUGAGGCUCGGCUGGACGCACGGCAACACUCUUGAUGGAUUUUUAAAAACUGUGCUGCGGAAUAUGCGCUUCACAAAAACGCCCGUGGAUGCAAUGAAAAGUGUUGGAGCGUGUUUCAUUUAGAAAAGGAAAACCCGUGGAAACGGUUGCAGCCUUUUCGGAGGGGGGGAUUCGUCUGAAGCAAAGCAAAAGAAGUUGUUCGAAGACAAAGUAAAGGCUUCGCGCUGCAGAAACGGACCCAAAAUCUGUUUAAAGUCUUUAUUGGCGGAUGGUUAUACAGUGUUACUGUGAUCCCCCGUGCGGAGAGCUUUGAGCACCGGGGCUCCGCUCAGGGGCCUCUCUGCGCACCGCACUGAGGCUGCAGAAACGCCUCGAGAUCCACUUGGGAACUCUGCGGGUCCUCCAAACCCGACAGCACAUCGAUUUUCUGAAACCCUCCUCGGCAAGAAAAGGUUCUUUCUGCAGGCUGGUGUGGACUUUGCAGCCACCAGACUGAUCAUGCGAUGACUGAAGGCGCAUUGGAGACAUCAAGCGAGUCCAAAUCAGGAGGGGAAUGAUGGCAGAGGAUGGGGGAAAUCUCUCCGGGACCCCCGACUCCAGGCGCUCGGAGGGCCGCUCAUCCCUGCCGAGGACUUUCAUCCGUCUCAACGACUUAUCCGGGGACGCGGCCGGAGGGGGUGAGGAACGGACCGAGGUGAUGGCGAUGGAAUCUGCCUCCCCGGCUCCUGAUGGGACUUCUUCCGCCGGGGAUGAAGAGUCAGCCUGCGGCGAGGAAAGUCUACCUUACCCCACCUUGGCCCCGGUGGUCUUCUUCUACAUGAAACAGAGCACCCGUCCUCGGAGCUGGUGUCUCAAGAUGGUCUGUAACCCAUGGUUUGAACGAGCGUCAAUGUUGGUAAUCCUGCUCAACUGUGUCACCUUGGGCAUGUUUCAUCCCUGUGAGGACAUCGACUGCCACUCUGACAGAUGUAAAAUCCUGCAGGAUUUUGAUGACUUUAUCUUUGCGUUCUUUGCCAUUGAGAUGGUGAUCAAGAUGGUGGCUCUGGGAAUUUUUGGCAAGAAAUGUUACCUCGGAGAUACGUGGAACCGGUUGGACUUCUUCAUCGUGAUAGCAGGAAUGUUAGAGUAUUCCCUCAACUUGCAAAACGUCAGUUUUUCGGCAGUGAGGACGGUUCGGGUGUUGAGGCCACUGAGGGCCAUCAACCGGGUGCCAAGUAUGCGUAUCCUGGUGACCCUGCUGCUCGACACUCUGCCCAUGCUGGGGAACGUGCUUUUGCUCUGCUUCUUUGUCUUCUUCAUAUUUGGCAUCGUAGGAGUCCAGCUGUGGGCCGGCCUGCUCCGAAAUCGCUGCUUUGUGGAGGACAACUUCUCAUUCCCUCUGUCUGUGGAGCUCGAGAAAUACUACCACACUGAAAACGACGACGAGAAUCCUUUUAUCUGCUCUCAGCCCCGAGAGAACGGCAUGAGGGACUGUAGCUCAGUGCCCAAGCUCUACGACGAAGCCGAUCUGCAGUGCAAUCUCGACAUGUACUCGUACAACAGCACCGAUAACACCACCUGUGUUAACUGGAACCAGUACUACAGCAACUGCUCUGCUGGUCUGGUGAACCCUUUCAAAGGGGCGAUCAACUUUGACAACAUCUGCUACGCCUGGAUUGCCAUUUUCCAGGUGAUCACUCUGGAGGGCUGGGUGGAUAUCAUGUAUUUUGUGAUGGAUGCGCACUCUUUCUACAACUUCAUCUACUUCAUCUUACUAAUUAUCAUUGGCUCGUUCUUCAUGAUCAAUCUCUGCCUGGUAGUCAUUGCCACUCAGUUCUCUGAAACCAAGCAGAGAGAGAGUCAGCUGAUGAAGGAGCAGAGGGUACGCUUCAUGUCCAACGCCAGCACCUUGGCCUCUCUCUCUGAGCCGGGUUCCUGCUACGAUGAGCUGCUCAAGUACCUCGUCCAUGUGGUCCGAAAGGGAGCCAAACAGGUGGCCCACAUCUGCAGGUUCUUAGCACGUCGUGCGGGACUCAACAUUGCCGCCUCUCCGCCUCCAGUGGAACCCCAACAAAGGCAAAGCCAGAAGAGGAGGAGGAAGUCCUCAAGACAGGGGUCAUUGUCUGUUUACCACAUGGUCCACCCUCACCCUCACUACCAUUACCAUCUUGGGAAUGGUAGCGUGAGAGCAGGAGGCAGCAUCAAGUGUCUGGAAGGUCAAGACGCGGAUCCAUCUUCUCACAACAACAACGUUGGAGCCUCCUUUGGCGGAACCCUGACUUUGGCGCCACCGCCACACUCGGUCACGACAGCAACCUCCGACAGCAAUCUAGUGGGAUGUGGGGAUUCACAUUCAACUCUCGGCGCGCUCCGCCGAGAAAGUCUUUGCUAUACCCCCACAUCCUCGACCCCGUUCCAAACUCCAGGCCCAUUCUCCUUGACUUCGGUGUCAACGUCCAGGGCAAUGAAGAGGAACUCUGUGCCGUUUGCUGCUCCCGGUCCAAAGAAUUACCCCACUCUCCAGGACAGAGCUCUAGCAGAGUCGCGACGAGGUAGCGUGGCAACCAGUACUCUCACAAAUAUCGGCCUCAACAUCCCACCGUUGUCCUAUGGGAGAAGGCGGCAGAGCCUGGCGGACACCCGCAACCCCGCAGCCGCAGCACAGCCCGCUUGCCAGCUGUCGGCUCGUGACCUCAGCGCCAUGAGCAGCGCCGUGGACGUGGCGGGGUUGCCAAUGGACCCUGAAGGAUGCCCCUAUUGCGCCAAAGCCCUCGCCAAUGAGUCGGAGGGCGGCACAGAGACACCGGGAGACUCCGACAGCGAGGGCGUCUACGAGUCGAGCCAGGAGACGCGCCGCAGGGACAGGCGGGACAGUCGGCAGCCCAAGAAAAAACCUUUCAGGUUGGGGAAAACGGCUGGAAAGGUGGUGCACUUCUGGAGGUUGGUGUGCGAUACGUUUCGGAAGAUCGUUGACAGCAAGUACUUUGGACGUGGGAUCAUGAUCGCCAUCUUGAUCAACACUCUCAGUAUGGGGAUUGAGUAUCAUGAACAGCCUGACGAACUGACCAAUGCCUUGGAGAUCAGUAAUAUAGUGUUCACCAGCCUCUUCUCCCUCGAGAUGCUGUUAAAAGUUUUGGUGUACGGACCUUUUGGAUACAUCAAGAACCCCUACAAUAUUUUUGAUGGCAUCAUUGUGGUCAUCAGCGUGUGGGAAAUCGUGGGUCAGCAAGGCGGAGGUUUGUCUGUGCUGAGGACCUUCCGACUCAUGAGGGUACUGAAGUUGGUCCGAUUCAUGCCGGCCCUGCAGAGGCAACUGGUGGUGCUCAUGAAGACCAUGGACAACGUGGCCACCUUCUGCAUGUUGCUUAUGCUCUUUAUCUUCAUUUUCAGCAUUCUGGGAAUGCAUCUGUUUGGUUGUAAAUUUGGUUCCGAGCGGGAUGGUGACACCUUACCGGAUAGGAAAAAUUUUGACUCUCUUCUGUGGGCCAUCGUGACUGUUUUCCAAAUUUUAACCCAAGAAGACUGGAACAAGGUAUUAUAUAACGGCAUGGCAUCCACAACUCCGGUAGCGGCUCUCUACUUCAUUGCCCUUAUGACUUUUGGUAACUACGUUCUGUUCAACCUGCUGGUGGCCAUCUUGGUUGAAGGCUUCCAAACGGAGGAAGUGGCCAAGCGGGAGGACUUGCAUGCCCAACUGAGUCUAAUUCAGCUGCCCGUAGAUGCAGGGGGUGACUCUUCUAAAUCAGGUUCAGAGAUUGAUUCCUGCGCACGCAGUAUGGAGGAUGUUAACGGCAGUAAGAGGGAGUUAUCAGACUCUGCAGUAGUACCUGUAAAUGGUCACGUGGAUCUGAAGACCAGCCUGACUCCUCCGCUGAUAACCCACACGGCAGCCACUCCAAUGCCGAUACCGAAGUUACCCAUUUUGGGUGACCCCAUCCAGAGCUACGAGUCCCGCCGAGGCAGCAGUGUCUCCAUCGACCCAACCUCCUAUGACAAGUCAACGGCCAGUGCUCGGAGCGCUUCCCCUUAUGCACAUCGGAGCACCAGUAGCGGCCGCAACAGCCGCCGAUCGAGCUGGAACAGCCUCGGUCGCGCCCCAUCCCUCAAACGCCAGAAACGGCAAUCUGGGGAGCGACAGUCCCUUUUAUCGGAAGAAGGUGGCUCGAGCUCCGAAGAAGGUGAGGCUGAAGGAGAGGGAGGAUGUGGAUUGAUGGAGGAGGACGACGCCUCCUCGGCCAGGACGGACUCCGUGUCCCAGUCGAAGAGAGAGCCGCGUCACCGGAGGAUGGAGUCGAUGGAGACGCGGAGCUCCAUGGAUUUGCCUCCUGAUGCCCUCCUGCAGGUUCCAUACCUUUAUCGCUCAGCUAGUAUGCACAGCUCCAGACCCCCUUUACCGGGUACCUUCCGGCCUGCAGAGCAUCGCGACUGUAAUGGGAAGGGCACGCCCUCACUUUUGGCCCCCACGCAUGUCUCGUUGGAGGAGAAUGCUGACGAGGAGAACGCUGAGGACGACUCCAAUCUGGGUCGUCUUGCCAGAUUGUUUCGCUGGCUCGAAAAGAAACAACCGGAGUGGUGUCGACAAAGAGACACCUGGUCGCUCUACCUCUUCUCACCGGAGUCAAGGUUUCGUUUUGCGUGCAACAAGAUCAUCAACCACAAGAUGUUCGACCAUGUGGUGCUGGUUAUCAUCUUCCUCAACUGCAUUACGAUCGCGAUGGAGCGGCCUCGCAUCGACCCCGCCAGUGCCGAACGGAUCUUCCUCACGUUAUCCAACUACAUCUUCACAGCAAUCUUUGUGACCGAGAUGACCAUCAAGAUUGUAGCUUUGGGUUGGUGCUUUGGCGACAAGGCCUAUCUCAGAAGCAGUUGGAACAUUCUGGAUGGGAUGUUAGUGAUGAUUUCUGUUAUCGACAUCCUGGUCUCUUUUUUUUCCAACUCGGGUACCAAGAUCCUGGGCAUGCUCAGGGUGCUGAGGCUACUGCGUACUCUAAGGCCUCUGCGUGUCAUCAGCAGAGCGCCAGGUCUCAAACUGGUCGUGGAGACCCUGAUGUCUUCACUGAAGCCCAUCGGCAACAUUGUGGUCAUCUGCUGUGCCUUCUUCAUUAUCUUUGGCAUCCUUGGUGUCCAGCUCUUCAAAGGCAAGUUCUUUGUUUGUCAAGGAGAGGACGUCAGGAACAUCACAAACAGGUCGGACUGUUUACAAGCCAGCUACAGAUGGGUCAGACACAAGUAUAACUUUGACAACCUGGGACAGGCCUUGAUGUCUCUAUUUGUUCUGGCGUCCAAAGACGGCUGGGUGGAUAUUAUGUACGAUGGACUAGAUGCUGUAGGAGUCGACCAACAGCCAGUGAUGAACUACAAUCCGUGGAUGUUACUGUACUUCAUCUCCUUCCUCCUGAUCGUGGCCUUCUUUGUGCUCAACAUGUUUGUGGGCGUGGUGGUGGAGAACUUCCACAAGUGUCGGCGCCACCAGGAGGCGGAAGAGGCCAAGCGCAGGGAGGAGAAGAGACUGAAACGCAUGGAGAAAAAGAGACGGAAUUUAAUGGUUCCGGGGGUGAGUUGGGCCCUCUCUGAAGGCACAUUAAAAGAAGCUCAGAGUAAGCCCUACUACUCCGAUUACUCCCCCACCCGUUUGAUUAUCCACAAGAUGUGCACGAGCCACUACCUGGAUCUCUUCAUCACCAUCGUCAUAGGGCUCAACGUCAUCACAAUGUCCAUGGAGCACUACCAGCAGCCAAAGGAACUGGAUGAAGCAUUGAAGAUCUGUAACUACAUCUUCACUCUCAUCUUUGUUCUGGAGUCAGUCUUCAAAUUGGUCGCUUUUGGCUUUCGACGCUUCUUUAAGGACAAGUGGAACCAGCUGGAUCUGGCCAUCGUGUUGCUCUCCAUCAUGGGCAUCACUCUGGAGGAAAUCGAGGUCAACGCUUCGCUGCCCAUUAACCCGACCAUCAUCCGCAUCAUGAGAGUCCUGAGGAUUGCGCGAGUGCUGAAGCUCCUCAAGAUGGCGGUGGGGAUGCGGGCUUUGCUCGACACCGUGAUGCAAGCUCUACCUCAGGUGGGAAAUCUGGGUCUUCUCUUCAUGCUCCUCUUCUUCAUCUUUGCAGCCUUGGGAGUGGAGCUGUUUGGUGACUUGAUUUGCGAUGAACUCCAUCCUUGCGAAGGCCUGGGACGCUACGCGACAUUCAAAAACUUUGGGAUGGCGUUUUUGCUGCUCUUCAGAGUUUCGACCGGGGACAACUGGAACGGCAUCAUGAAGGACACUUUACGAGACUGCGCCCAUGAGACCAGUACCUGCUACAACACCGUCGUCUCUCCCAUCUACUUUGUCUCCUUCGUCCUGACCGCUCAGUUCGUCCUGGUCAACGUCGUUAUCGCCGUCCUGAUGAAACACUUGGAAGAGAGCAACAAGGAAGCCAAGGAAGAGGCGGAGCUAGAGGCGGAGUUAGAGCACGAGCUCCACGGCGACGGGGGAGGCGUGGCGACAAGGUCGUCCCGGCUCAACCCUCUCGCACCGGGCACGGACGGGUCCAGUUCCGGGGGUUCCCCGCGGAGGUCCGCCGGAGGUGGGGACUCACCGACCGUCGAUAUCCCCAGAGACCCGGUAAACAUCCGAGAAGAGCCUCCCUCGUGCCCGGAGCCACUUCCGGAGUCGGUCCAGCAAAGAGCGCGGUUUGACUCGGUUUCCCUCGUCAUCCGGGGUUCAAUGGAAGAGGAGCUAAGUUUGAUGGACGACUUGUCCAGCUCGGUGUGCCACUACUACGCGCUCGCAUCCAAAGCCAGCGAGCACAACCCGGACAAAAAGAUUCCCCUAGCUGAGAUGGAAGCUCUGUCUCUGGCCUCGGAGAAAUCCUGGUCCCUAGUUCUGACAGAGGAAUCGCUCGCUGACGAUUUUAAUCCCCUCUCCCUAAGCAGCCUGGAAUUCAAUGCCGAGCUGGCCGACCCCGGCGAAACCCCCGAGGACAACCCGCCGAGUGUCAGGAAGGCCGCGGUGGGACGCACGCACUCCCUACCCAACGACAGCUACAUGUUCUUCCCCCAGCAGGCCUUUGGCAAGGCCGUCGCAGCUUCAGCACAACUUCUAGCACAGACGCCUCGACCCCAACGCGUACCGGGCUCCCAUUGGGCCCAGUCAGGCUCCAGGGGUUCAGUGCGUUCCCAACCUGAAGAAUUUUCUCAACGACUGACCAUCCCCACCGACCUCUUCAGACCCAUCAGCCCCCACGCCCACUCGGACUCUGAAGGUAUCCCGCGACUACCUCCUCCCAGACGCACGCACGCCGUGAGCCGCAAGCUCCGUAGACAGGAUGCAGUGUCGCGGGAGGCCCUGUGUUCAGAUGGAGGGGAAAGCAGUGAAGGACUUACGAAUGCGGCUUCUCCGGGCCUCCCUCCAUCCCCCUCUUCCUGCUCCUCCACCUUGUCGCAACAGCAGCCAGCUCUCCAUCCGGUCCCUGUGCACACCCAGCUACGCGACCAGGACCGCUCGCCCCGCUCGUCUUCACCGACGCCGCAGCAACAAAAUCGGGCCUCCGCGGAUCCGGAAGUGUCUCUAAUUACCGCGGGAGUGUUGACGGGAAGCGAUGACAUCACGGCACCGGGUGACGAACUAUGCAGCGGCAGCGUCAUCGGAAUGAAAGAGGCGAGCAAAAACAACGCGGACUUCCAAGAAAGCGGGAGUUCUCGUUUGGGGGCGUCGAAGAGGUUUCAUAGCGUUGACGCACAAGGCCGCAGCCUUCUCCCGCCCCGCCCCUACUCCCGGUCGGAGGUUUGCUCCGCGGUGGAGUCCGGCCCCCAGCGCAGCGCCACGUCCACUUCUUCCGGUUUCGCGUCGCAGGCUGACAGUCUGCAAAUCCACAGCCAGACCUCCACUCAGACUUCACAGAUGAGUCCUCCCCGCAUUUCCGCGGAAGCCCCCGAUGGAUCGGAGCCCCAGUCCAGCCUCUACCCUGCUCUCGGUGGCUUCGGGUUGCCCCAACCCCCGCUCAAUCCGGACACCUGCCAGAGGAGGCGAGCGCUUUCGAGUGACUCCAAAGACUCCUUUGACCUCGGGGUCGGAGAGAGUUCAGGGCCGGAUCGUGACUCUCAAAGUCCCAACGCCAACCCCAAGCUACUGACACUUCCCAGUUUAUCCUUUGAGAAUGCGAGCUCGGAGCACUGAUCCACAAAAACACACGCAGAGACUCACCACAAGAUGAAACGCAGACACCGAUGCACCUUGUGUAUCUCUGGCGGCGAUAGAACUAGUAAUAAUGCUGUAGAGAGUAAUAAUGGUGUGGAGAAAAAAAAGUAUCUUUGCUUCCUUUUAGAAGCAGUGCUGUCAUAGUGUUCCCGGCCUUUGUUUGUAUCGGUAUUUAUUAUUAUGUUUUUUUUACCGCCAAUACAAUAAGACAGGAAAACUAAUAAGACAUAGGAUCCCCCCCGUGCCCCCCAGCCCGCUACACACGCAUGCCAACGGCCGCAGUUUGAUCCAAUCACCUCCGGAGUGACGACACGAAAUGACACGCACUUGACGUUUGGUGUUUCACAGGGUCGACUUUGACCAUUCAUUGGAGGUACAUGGCAAUAUGAACGUUUUAGAAGCACUAUUUUGUUAAAUUAUUGGGCCAUAGCGUUUAUGCGGGGCAUUGUUGCAUUUUGUUUUGCGUUGGGGUUUUUUUUUUCCUUCAAUCCCGGGCUUUGGAUCGAAAUGGUUUAUCUUUGGCUUUAUUCCACUCUAGGUUAUUUUUGGGGGGGCUUUCUUGGUUUAUUGAGAAAAGUGUUGUGAACCAUGUACAGUAUUUGGAGGGAAAAAUAUCUAUCUCAGGUUGACAAAAGUGAAGGCAAGUAAAAAUAAUAAAAUGGAAAAAAACAGACAUCAUCACAGUUAUAUAUUCAAAGAAGUAGAAUGCCCAAAAACACGACAUAGUAUAGUAAUACAUUUUUAGCCCAAGCACAAAAAAUGUCAUAGUAAGGCGUUUUUAGCCCGAAAACACAUCGUACAGUAAGGUGUUUUGAGCCCCAAAAAACCCGCGAAAACCCCCCCCGACAUAGUAUAGUAUGGAGUUUUUGGCCCGAAAAAAGAAGAACCGUGUUUAGUAAGGUGUUGUGUACACCUUACUAUACACGGUUCUUCUUUUUUCCGGGCCAAAAAUGCCCGACUAUUCACGGUUGGCGUUUUUAGGCGAAAAAAAGAACAACCUAAUGUAGUACGGCGUUUUUGACUGAAAAAAAAAAAAGAUCCGACCAUUAUUUUUUCCCCAAGAUGGUACCUGAGUAGAGUACUCUUUAAGAGUUUCGUGUUUGUCUGUUUAUUUUGUGUAUUUUAUCACAUGUUAUGUUGUGUGGAGCUGUUGUGGAUUGUUUUCAGCAUUUUUGCCCAUGAGAUUCAUCAAAGAAAAAGAAUCUGCGCUCGGCGGUUGCGCCUUCUCAACCGCACGCGUGUCCCUCCCUUUGACCGUCUUGAGCGACUGUAUGCGUCUUGU